ACAGCGUGCUUGUUGAAAAAACUACAAGUGACAGGCGUGCGGCGGCAUUUUUUAUACAUAAUUUUUUAAUUUACAAAAAUUUAAUUAAAUGAACUUUUAAGCAAAAAAGAAGUGCAAAUAAAAGCAAUAGUGAAAAAUAAAAAAGUGUUAAGUAAAUUUAUUGUUUUUAUACAAAGAGGAAAAUAUGAAUAACAAUGUUUUGCUCUCAUUGGCCAUGAGCAUAAUACCAAUGCUGGCCAUUGGUUUUGUGGUAUUAUUAGUAAUUUAUAAAAUUUAUAUUAAAAUACGUUCACGUUUCAACGUCACUGUCAACUGUUGGUUUUGUAAUCAAAACACUAAAGUGCCCUACUUAGAUGCGAAUAGUUGGACUUGCCCUUCUUGCGAACAGUAUAAUGGUUUCGACAAGGAUGGCGAUUAUAAUCGUGAAAUCUAUGAACAAUUAGACUGUAGCCGUAGUUCGGAACGUUUUAAUGUCUCCCAACCUUCAGCGUGUGCCAUUCAACAGACAUCCCAGAAUGGUUUUUGCGAGAUGUGUAAUGAGGCUCAACGUUUGAAAGUGGAGAAAUUGGCUCAAUUUGAGCCUAAGAAUGAAUCGCAUUGGGAUGAAGAACUGAAAGUUUACAAAGCCCAACUCGAGGAUCAAUAUCGUCUGUGCUCCACCUGUGAUCGUCAUCUCAAUAAAGUUUUGCGUGAGAAAAAGAAAAUGGUUUUAGGCUCUAAAUUUUUGGAUUUUAUCAUCAAAGGAGCUGAAACAUUAAAACAACCACAUCUAAAUCAAAUUCAACAUGCUAAUCAACAGAAAAGGAAACAAAGAUUACGUACACUUAUCACCGUACUAACCCUUAUCAAUUUAAGUUGUCUUAUUAGCUCAUUACCAUCACUAAACAAAGAACAUUUUACGCAAAUUUUAGGCGAAUCCUUAGGUCAUCAAAUAUUUUUAAUAACAUCACAUAUCAUAGCACUAACAAAGGUUAUGGGUUCCUAUUUCGCAACCAUCAAAGAGCAUGCGGUGGUAACGAAAAUAUCAUUAUUUUCACGUACACUCUUCAUGAUGAUUAUGUAUUCGUUGGGUCUUAAAGUUAGUCAUUUUAAUUUUUCCUCUUUAUAUAUAAGCAUAUGUCCAUUUGCUAUAUUGGCAUUGGCCUUUAUGCAUAAUGUUGUAGAUGGUUUUCGUUUGACAAGAUAUACAGCAAUGAUGGUGGUAUGGAGUUUAUUUGCUGGUGGUUUAAUAGAAGAAAAUUUGUUUUCUCUUACGCCGCAACUUUUAAUGUUCUUGACUUCUUUAUUAACUUGUUUAAUGGCCUACAGCUCUAAACCAGAACCUUCUCCCAAACUGCAUGACAACACUGCCAAUAGUUUUCAUAAAAUCUAUUCCGAAGAUUAUCUUAGUGAUGAGGAAACUAUGAGUAUGUUGAGUCAACAAUUGAACGGUAGUUGUGUUUCGAUGCGCAGUGUACGUUCUAACAGAUCCUUACGCGCUCCUUCUCCCUUAAUGCAUGCUAAUACUAAACGUUCCCCACGACUAACCAAAUCCCCACUAACCUCCUCCGCUUUUUCCCUACACCAACUGCCUCGCACACAACUAUCGCCCAACUCUAGUUUCCGUAGUUAUGCCGGAGAGGAGAAUCAAACUUUAAGAGGCAACUUUGCUACACCCAUGGCUAUGCCAGUAACAGCUCGUCCCGGUCUGUUUGCUUCCAAUUUAGAGCUGAAUUGUAGGGAAAGACCACAAUCCACCAUCUUUGGCAUGAAUGCUUCAGUGGCCAAUUCUACGGUGUUAAAUAAUUCCUUUUCCGAGAACAAUAAAUCACAUUUUGCCAACAGCACUCAUGCUAAUGAGGCUUCAUUUUAUACUGCCGCCAAUAAUACAGCAAAUACAUCAAUGUUUGUUAAUAACCAUACCUUUGUGGCUCCCAGUAGCCAUUCGGGUUUACACUCUCCCUUUUCUGUGUCCAGCAGUGCGGUUUAUCAUCAUCAGCAGCAGCCUCAUAAUCAAAGGACCAAUACUCAUCAUAAAUUACUUUCACCCACCAGAUUUAGUACAAAUAAUUUAACUUCUUCUAAUGCUUCCUGGUUGUCGGGUGGUUAUUUUAAUCAGCGACAGUCUAUGGCUGACAUACCAAGCACUGGCUUAAUUAUACCCACUGCACAGACACAAUCUCUUAUCACUCCCAUGGAGGAAUGUUUAUCUAGAUCUUCUUCUCAUUCAUCGGGGUUUGAGUCACAAAAUGGUCGUCUCAACGGCAACAAUAUGUCGCGUGAAAAUUCCUUAUGCCCUGACUUUAGUCUGGACUAUCAUCAGAGAACUUUAACACAUGAAAAUAUUAACAAUAGUUUCCAGCCUAUAGAUUCUCCCAGUUUGGGUGCUUUUUCUCCCCGCCCUUCUAUACUAUCCAAUCCUAAUCUAAACAGUUUUCCUCUAGAACAUACUGAUAUAUGGAAACAACCAAAUUUUACCCGCAAAUCCCAUAACAAUAAUACAAAUACAAAUUUUUCUAGAAAUUCUAUAGAUUCCUUUAAUUUACGUAAAAUCAAUGAGGAAUUGCCCUCCAUAAAAAGAGGUGAUUUAUUAAAGAAAUGGAAAGAAGGUCAAACCAUUUCAUAAACCUCCUCUAUAUCUUUUCUCACUCUAGUCUUUGUACACAAACCACUAUUACCUCUUUAAGACUCUUUUUUUAUUAUUAUUUUUAUUUUUAAUUAUGAUUUCAUUAUUAUUUUUUAUAUUUCUUAUGAUUUUAAUUUUA